CCGCGUGUUCGGCGAGGAGCGCUUCGCCUCCUGAGAGCUCGACCUCCCCGUCCUGGCGGCCGUAUAACAGCGCAGGCUGCAGCUCGGUGCGGGCCUCCUUCACGUUGCGUGGAGCCUGAGGACCGGACGGCUCCGUGUGCACGUGCGCGUCAGAAACACCGCGAGCUACCGAGGCGGCAUCAGUUCGAGCAAGGCAUUCCUCGUUACCCCGGCAAACCUUCAGGGGGCUUUUAGCAUUUGUUCAGUCUGCAGUCUCUGGAAAACAUCUGAUUCGUUUUUUAACCAGAGCCAGAUGCGCCAGCGUGAGAGUGUGUGUGCGUGAGCGCGUCAGUGCGUGAGAACUUGGGGAGAAUAUCUGCUGUCUAGAGAGCGGAGAGGGGAGGGAAUCGGGAACCGUGUGGAUUUUUUUAAUAUAACUUUUAGGUAUGAACGCGGAUACGUGCGUCUCAUACUGCGAUAUGACAUCGAUGGAUUCAUAUUAUAGCACGUCUAACGCGCAAGGUAGGGAUCACCAGGCGAACCCGUUCAGGACUUUCCCGACCACUGAAACCAAAUAUAGCCCCACGUUCAUUCCGGCCAAAGGGCAGGCUUACGGAGAGAAGUCCCGUAGUCCUUUCCAGCCGGAGUGCCAGUCACUGGAUGGCGCUGAGGAGGGCACCUUCAGCAAAUACCAGCUCUUCAUGCAGCGACCGACCUGCAAAACUCCGCCCGAAGGGAGCAAGCUGCACGCGGACAGCGGACACAACGGGACGCUCAUCCCCUGCUAUGGGAAGGACAACAGUGGCCUGAUUGAGUCCGAGCUGCCCCCCAGCGUGGACCCUCCUGGGAUGGAGGGCAGCUAUCUGAACCUGAAGGAGCCGGUGAUGAAGGGCCAAAACGAGCGGCCGGGCUCCGACAUGUCCAGUCCUCUGGACAAAAGCGAGGCUGAGAGCAACAAGGGCAAGAAGAGGCGCAACCGCACGACGUUCACCAGCUACCAGCUGGAGGAGCUGGAGAAGGUGUUCCAGAAGACCCACUACCCGGAUGUCUACGCACGGGAGCAGCUGGCUCUGAGGACCGACCUGACAGAGGCACGCGUGCAGGUGUGGUUCCAGAAUCGCAGAGCCAAGUGGAGGAAGAGGGAGCGUUUUGGGCAGAUGCAGCAGGUCAGGACGCACUUUUCCACCGCGUACGAGCUGCCUCUCCUCACUCGGCCCGAGAACUACGCACAGAUCCAGAACCCCUCAUGGAUCGGGAGCAGCAGCGGCGCCUCCCCAGUGCCCGGCUGCGUGGUGCCUUGUGACUCUGUGCCCUCCUGCAUGCCCCCCCACCCCCACGGUCCGGGGGGCGUCUCCGACUUCCUGGGCGUGCCCAGUCCAGGAAGCAGCCACAUGGGACAGACGCACAUGGGCAGCCUGUUCGGCAGCCCUGCGAUGGGCGGGGGAAUUAACGGCUAUGAUCUCAACGUGGAUCCGGACCGCAAGUCCUCCAGCAUCGCCGCGCUGCGCAUGAAGGCCAAGGAACACAGUGCGGCCAUCUCUUGGGCGACAUGAUGCCCCCGCCCGGGUCCACUCAGCGCUGUGGGGGAGGAGGGAGCUUUUCCUGGGGAGCGCCACUGACAACACAGGUCAUCAGAACAGAUAAUAAGGGGUGGACAAUCAGCCAGACCAAUGUAACAAUGACUGGGACGAUAAGCAGAGGCUGAGAGUGAGACACAAACACCAGUGUGACACAGAAGAUGUUUCUUCUUCCUCAAUUUGUGACCCAAUUAAAAAAAAUGGGUCCGGCGUAUGACAGAUGAUGCACCGAGCAAUAUCACAGAUCGUUUACAAAAACACAGACGCCUUAUAGUAUUUUAGAUGACCCAUAUUGUUUGUCACCUUCAGGUUACGUCUGGUACCACCCCAGUUUCCCAGUCACGUUGUUUACACUUCACUCACACGUGAGCAAUCAGUACUUAAAUCAAGUUUAAAAUGGCUCCACUUGAUGAGGACAAACACAGAAGCAGAUAAGAGAAGCAGACAAGUCUCCUCUGUUGAAAACGUUCAUUUUGCCGUUCACGCUCGGACCGAGCGGAAGCAAUAAGUGUGUCCAACUGAGCGAGCGCAGACACGGCUUGUGCCAGUUUAGUCCAGGAGGGCGUCCAUUGGAGCGGCAGCGAUUUGAAACCAAGGUGCUGUUUGCUCCCCCGGGGGGAGGCUCCCCCGCAGAGGCCCGGGCCUCGGGUUACAGGAAACGGCGUCUCCACUGGCAGACGAGGCGCAGCAGCAGCAGCCUUCAACACCAACUAACCACAGCGGGCUCAAUCAGCCACCGGCAGGAAUAGACACGCUUCAUUAGCGUCAGGGCCAGCAAACGCGCUCGGACACAGACUCCGUCAGAGGCUCUGAGGGUCCUGAGCAGCGUUCUGUGAGCUUUAGGUAAUGUGAUGACGUGAGAGCGGGACUCCAGGAAUGCGGAGAGCAUGUUCAGUGAUUGCAGGCGUGUCUCAGUGCGUUGCCUCCCUGGAAUAAGCGCGUCACCAGCGCCGAGCUGCAGGCCGAGGGUAGAGACAGGCCUCAUUAGUCCUUUGGCUGAUCUCUCUAUGACGGCCCCUGGUGUGAAGGACUCGAGAAAGGUCUGCUCCUUAGAGCUGCCCAUUACAGCCUCACAGCAACUCAGUUAUUUCCCAUAUUUAUGCAGUUGCUGUUUUUUAGUCAAUAAAAUACUAGAAUUGUAAAUACAAAGACAAAGGCUUUAGAAAUGAAGCUACGGCUCAGUCCCCUUAAGAAACUGGAUGUGCCAGGAAACAUUUUAGGCUGUUUUCAGGAUUGAGCGGAUGUGAAGUGUGUCUGGGUUCCUACUUUGUCAGGUUUGCGGUAUUGGUCUUCUGGCUGAUGCUCCCUCAGUGCUCCCCUCCUCUGCAGCUCCACCCAUGUGGAUACUACUGAAACAAAUGCAUGGUUUAAUGUUAUGACGUACCGUGUGAACGCGAACAAUAAAAACGACAUUGUUCCUUUCGCUCGUACAUUUUUUUUUGCUUGUUUGUCAGAUAAUGGACCUCCAGAGAUAAACCAAUAAAGUAUUACAGCAAUAAUGCCAAGAAGUGUAAAAUGAUGGUUUGUGUGGUUGAAAUAGCUUUCUAAUGUUCUUAUUGCUUUAAGCAGCUUUUUGUAUAUUAAUCAAAUAUUUCUACAUCUGAUUGUGACAUUACAUAAUGUGCCAUUGCAAUAAGUUAUUGCACUUACAGUGUUGGAGAGGGUCUUUUGUAUUUUUUUUUACUGGUCUAGUGUCUUUCCUAAAGCCAGAGGUGAGUCAAGAACUGUCUCCAUAUUUAGCACCAUGAGCAGCAUCUAUUCAAGGUGCUGGACGUUUGUUUGUACAUAAGUAACUUGUUGUUUCUGUUCUUGAAGUCAAUAUGAAAUAAAUUAAUCUCCAACAGUGAA